AUUUUAUCAUGUUUAGGACAUAUUGCACCAAAAACAAUCGAAGGAAAAAUUUCCACAAUAUUCUACGCCAUUUUGGGAAUUCCACUCAUGUUGUUAUGUUUAUCAAAUAUUGGUGACAUAAUGGCGAGUUCAUUCAGAUUUCUUUACUGGAGGGUUUGCUGCUAUGUUUGUACUCGAGAACCGAAACGCAAUAAAAAACGUCAAAUGGUUCGCAAAGAUACUUUUCGUCAACAACAACAACUUGCAUUGCAAGACCGUCCAGGUCGUUAUUCAAAUCGUUUACCGAACCAAACAUCGAUGAGACGCUCAAUGAAAACCUCUCAACGUUCAGCUGACUCUGGUUUUGAUCAACGCUACGACACUGGAGGAAUGAGCCAUGCUUAUUCGGAUAUGGAUUGCAGAUACGUAGGUUUAAAUGGCGGUAAUGGCGGUGAACAACAGCUUUACUAUGAAGAACGUGAAAAGAUUCAGAGAGGAAAUAGCUUUCAACAAAGAAGUACUCGAAGCCAACAACAGCCAUCAUCGCCACGAUAUGGUCCGGAUCUGAGAGAGCAUAGAUAUAGAAAUGGCUACCGAGGUGCCCGCCAUACCAUUGACAGAGAGAGAUUUGCAAAGUACAACGAACCGGAAGCCUACGAUGAUGACGAUGAUGUUGAAGAACAACAAAAUCCACAUGUUACCAGACGUGAAAGGAUGAGAGAAAGAGAGAGGGAGGGUGGCCCACUGACACCACAACAAAAUCGACAUUUGAUGAGACAUUCUGAAGACCGUCAAAUGGAUGGAUCACCGAGAUACAACAGAGCUGGAGCAUCGCGUGUUCAAUCGUUAGACCGUCGAAUGAUGCGUCGUGAUCCCGUGAUUAGUGGUUUCGAGCAAGAGCCGCCAUGUAAAGCACCAAUUUUCGCAAACAAAUACGCACUUGAAGAAAUGGAUGAACGACGUGGUGAUGGGAGACGUCAUCAUAAUUUUCGGAGUCAGUCAAUGCCCCGACAAUCACGAUUUGGUGACAGAUUAUAUCCACCUGGUGGUCGUGGUGGUGCUGGGGACAACCGCUCGUUAUACAAUGAAAGUAACUUGGAAAUGCAGCCAACAUCAAAAGGUAGAGAAAGAAAGCGCGAGAGACCAGCUCCAUCACCGUCGCCUCGCAUCAUGUCACCAAUGGGUUUUGCUGUUCAUCGCCAAGCGCGACACAUUGCAUCGGUAAUGGAUGAAAAUUCUCUUUAUGGAGAUGAUUAUGAAGGAUAUAACAGCGAUGGAACUUAUCUUCGUCCAGUACCAAUCUGGCUUUGUGUCUUCCUUGUUAUUGGUUACAUUAUCGGUGGAGCUUUCUUGUUUAAUACGUGGGAGGGUUGGAAUCUCCUGGAUGCUGCUUACUUCUGCUUCAUUACACUCACGACAAUCGGAUUCGGGGAUUUCGUGCCAGCUCAGGGCGAAAAAGAGAAUCCCGAACAAUCCAUCGCUCUUUGUUCCCUUUAUUUGCUGUUUGGCAUCGCACUUCUCGCUAUGAGCUUCAAUCUGGUGCAGGAAGAAGUUAUAUCAAAAGUUAAAAGCAUAGCAAGGCGUUUGGGAAUCAUAAAAGACGACGAAAUUGAGGAUUGAGCAGCGACAAAUUUAUUUGAAACAUAAUUUUAGAAGUUUUGAGUGCUUAGGAAAAUUUAAUACUUUUAAACAUUUUGAAAGAACAUAAUUAGAAAAGAAUUUUCAUCGAUUAAUAUUUAGAGAGGUGUUUUGUUCAAAAUUAAUAUAAAAAAUAAGGAAACUAGAAUAUUCUCAUCUUAAACUUAAACAUGCUAUCAAUUACGAGUUAAAUCUAUCAUCAAACAUACUUUUUAAUGUUCACUUUUUCCCGAUCUUGUUUGUUUUUAAUUACAAGAGUUCAAGAAGAGCGUUUCGCUAUAAAUUUGAAUUAGUAAAAGUCAUAAAUUAGUCAUAAAAACAUUAUUAAUAAUCUUACAGUGCUAUUUAUUAUUCAUAAAGAGAGAGAAAAAAAUGAAAAUGAUAGCCAAAAAAUCGAAAAAAAAGUAUUUGAAGCUUUAUAUAAAAAUAUUGAGAUAUUGUAAUAAACAUGAUUUUUAGCGCCAAUAAAAUGAGUGAGCGAGAAACGUGCAACAUUUUCACGAUGAAA